AUGAGGAAGCUGCUUGUGGGGGAGUGGAUUGCUGUUGUUGCCCUGCCUGGUAGCCCUACCUUCCUUCCCCCAUCCGCGAGUCCAGUACGCAACUGUGUACAUCAUCUUAACGUAAUGGCAAAUGAAUCUCUUGAAAAUGAUGGAGGGACCGGUUCGAGAAAUUCAAGAAAUACACAUUUGACAUCAUCUGUGGAUCUCAGCACAUCCUUAGAAUCGAGUGUUCAGACUCGAAUAUUUAAAAUAAUUGUAAUCGGGGAUUCAAAUGUAGGGAAGACCUGCUUAACCUUCCGCUUCACCGGUGGGAGCUUUCCAGAGAAGACAGAGGCGACAAUCGGUGUGGAUUUCCGGGAGAAAGCAGUGGAAAUAGAGGGCGAAAAAAUAAAGGUAAUAUCCUAAUUAAGCAUCUGAUCGAGACAGGGCCGCUUUUCUUUGUUUCCUUGUGUUAAUUAACCAUUUAUGUGUUCAUUGUUUCAACCGUUAUGAACCUAUGCAUGACAUGUCAAUAAACCGAGGAGAUAAUUAUUUCUCUCCAGAGUCCAUAAGCAGUUAAAAUGUUCCAUUUAUAUUUAGAUAGGUUGUUAGGUUGAAUGUUUCUAUUAAGUAAUAGAUCCAUCAACAAUGUUUGCAUGGUUUUUGAGUUAAGGAAUUUACAGUAUAAUAUCAGAUCAUCUACUGUUUCAUUGCACCUGCCUCUAAGGACUAGGCCUACAAACGAGUCGACAAACCUCUGAAUGCCCCCGGCCUAACCUACCUGACAUGAUGACCUAGUCCCAGUGUUUUUAGCAACAGACAGUGACAUAGCUAAUGUGAUGUUUUAACAAUAUUUAUCGUCACCUGUUUUCUCAUUGAGAUUCACCCUCAAAAUAAAACACCGAGGUAAAGACAGAUUCAGGUUGGAUAUUCGUCGCCUGUAGUUUUCCUUACGUCCACCAACAACAGUUAGGGACCGUCAACAUAGUGACACAUCUAAUUGUUCAAAUUUCAAUAGCUCUUUAACCAUUACUCCUAAAACUUUCAAAACUGGUUCUAGCUAACCCGAUGGCAGAGACACAUAUUGCACACACUUUUUUUUGUUGAUUUACAUAUCACACUAUUUUAAAUGAUUUAUUUUAAUUUUUAAAAUUCAAUAGUGCCUUGGUCAUGUGACCCACACACCUCAAACAAGGUUCAUAAUGUACACUCAGUGGACUCACUAGACUUAUAUAUUGCACACCCUUUUGUUCUUCCAUUUUCAUCUCAGGUGAUUUUAUGAGAACUUUUAAAAGUUUCAAAUGUCAAUAGCUGCUUGGUCAUGUGACCUACAACCCUCAAACUGCUGUCAGAAUAUCCACUGACAAGCCUUAUAUAUUGCACACCCUUUUGUUCAUCCAUUUUCAUCUCAGGUGAUUUUACAUUAAUUUUUCUGUUUUUCAUUGUUUCAAAUUUCAAUAGCUCUCUGGUCAUGUGACCUAUAACCCUCAAACUGCUGUCAGAAUAUCCAUUGACAAGCCUUAUAUAUUGCACACCCUUUUGUUUGUCAAUUUUCAUCUCACACGAUUUUACAUACAUUUUUCAAACUUUCAAAUUUCAAUAGCUCCUUGGUCAUUUGACCUACAACCCUCAAACUACUUUCGGAACAUCCACUCACUUGCCUUAUAUAUACGGGGUUCUGGUCCACAUUCAAUAAAUUAUAAUGGAUUUAAUGGUGCUCCGUGGCAUGUUAAAAGUUUCUGAUAUUUUUUUAUAACCCAACCCUGAUCUGUACUUCUCCACAACUUUGUCCCUGACCUGUUUAGAGAGCUCCUUGGUCUUCAUGGUGCCGCUUGCUUGGUGGUGCCCCUUGCUUAGUGGUGUUGCAGACUGGGGCCUUUCAGAACAGGUGUAUAUAUACUGAGAUCAUGUGACAGAUCAUGUGACACUUAGAUUGCACACAGGUGGACUUUAUUUAACUAAUUAUGUGACUUCUGAAGGUAAUUGUUUGCACCAGAUCUUAUUCAGGGGCUUCAUAGCAAAGGGGGUGUUCCGUUAUUUAUUUUGUAUACUUUUUUGAAAGAAGUAAUUAUUUUCAUUCCACUUCACCAAUUUGGACUAUUUUGUGUAUGGCCAUUACAUGAAAUCCAAAUAUAAUAAUAAUAUAAUAUGCCAUUUAGCAGACGCUUUUAUCCAAAGCGACUUACAGUCAUGCGUGCAUACAUUUUUUUUUUGUGUAUGGGUGGUCCCGGGGAUCGAACCCACUACCUUGGCGUUACAAGUGCCGUGCUCUACCAGCUGAGCUACAGAGGACCACAUAAAAAUAAAUUUAAAUUACAGGUUGUAAUGCAACUAAAUAGGAAAAACACCAAGGGGGAUGAAUACUUUUGCAAGGCACUGUAACUACUCUGUCAGUCAGAUACUCUCAUUUUUUCCCCAAAUGACUUCUGAGUGUGGGUGUCCACUGUGCAGCAAUGUCCACACCUACUGGGUAAAAAAUUCAUGUAAAACUUUGAAAGUUUCAUUUACAAUUGUGUGAGAUGAAAAUGGACAAACUAAAGGGUGUGCAAUAUAGAAGGGUAGUCAGUGGACAUUCUGAACCUUGUUUGAGUCCAGUAGGUCACAUGACCAAGGAGCUAUUGAAAUUAGAUAGUUUGAAAAAAAAUCAUGUAAAAUCGUGUGAGAUGAAAAGGGACAAACAAAAGCUUGUGCAAUGUAGAAGGGUAGUCAGUGGACAUUCUGAACCUUGGUUAGGUCAGUAGGUCACAUGACCAAGGAGCUAUUGAAAUUUGAAUGUAAAAAAAGUUUGUAAUUUGUUUACGCUCCCUUACUAAUUCAACUCUGAAUACCAGAAUGCUCCUCACAUUUCCAUGUGUUUAUUAGCUGUGGAAAGCGAAUGAAUGUCCAAAUCGUGAAAAUAAGACCUGUGCAAUGUUGUGCGCAACUUUUCCAACAUCAUGACACUUAUUUGGAGUCUGUGGCUCAAGUGGUUUGAAAGCUAUUUAGGUUUGAAAGUGUGAAUAUCUGGCGAAUAUCCAAGCUGAAACUGUCUUUACCUCAGUUAACAAAACCUGUCCUCAGUAUGAAAGCAUUAGCAAUAGAGCAUCUUUGUUCAAAUAUCUAUUAUUCUAUUUAUUUUAUUCAGAAAUGGAAGACAUGCACUAAUGCAGUAUUCAAAACAUUGGGCCUUUGAUCUUUUAUAAAAGCAUACAUGUGGAAUUAAUCUGUCCUCCCUUUUCACAUGGAAAUUUCAUGUCCACUGGCCUCAUAAUGCAAUGAUCCUCCAAACAUAAUUAUUAAACUAAGCCGUUGUUACCUACAUUUUCCUUUGUACAUUGUCCAGUCUAGUAUUUAUUCUGAUUAUGUCUCAAACCUUUUAAUAUAGUAUGUAGACAUGUUGUCCCAUCUCUCUCUGACCAAUACCCACGAUUACUCUCUGACCACUGGAUCUGUGAUUACUCCUCAACAGGUGCAGGUGUGGGACACUGCAGGACAGGAACGCUUCAGGAAGAGCAUGGUAGAACACUACUACCGCAAUGUGCACGCUGUCGUUUUUGUUUACGACGUCACCAAGAUGAACUCAUUCCAGAACCUGAAGACGUGGAUCCAGGAGUGCAACGGGCACCGCGUCUCACCCACUGUGCCUCGGGUUCUGGUGGGCAACAAGUGUGACCUGGUUAGUCAGAUCCAAGUGCCCUCCAACACUGCCCUCAAGUUUGCAGACGCCCACAACAUGCUGCUGUUUGAGACCUCGGCCAAGGACCCCAAGGAGAGCCAAAACGUGGACUCCAUUUUCAUGUGCCUGGCAUGUCGGCUGAAAGCUCAGAAGUCCCUGCUGUACAGGGAUGUGGAGAGGGAGGAUGGAAGGGUUAGGCUUUCACAAGCGACAAACGUUAAUAAGAGCAACUGCCCUUGCUGA